AUGGAUUCGCCAAAUUCUCCGAAUCCAUAUGACAAUAUGACUCUAGAGGAUAUCAUAAUUGCAGAGUGUACUGACGAUCAUGAUGAUCAAUAUUUCAAAGCGCUCAUGGAUGGGGGUAGCUCAACAAGACAAGGAAGAAAGAGAGCCCACAUUGAUAGAGGUCAUGUAGAAGGACACCAACGUUUUUUCGAUGACUACUUUUCUGAUGAACCGGUGUUUGAUGCAGUCGGUAGAAGGGGGCUUUCGCCAUUACAGAAGUCCACCGCUGCUAUGCGAAUGUUGGCAUAUGGAGCGCCUGCCGAUUAUGUUGAUGAGUAUGUUCGAAUUGGUGAAACUACCGCUAUUGAAUGUCUAGUCAAUUUCGUUCGAGGAGUGAAUGAUAUUUUUGGGACCGAAUAUUUAAGACAGCCCAAUGCUGGGGACAUUCGUCGCUUACUUCAAAUGGGGGAGUUGCGUGGUUUUCCAGGCAUGUUGGGAAGCAUUGAUUGUAUGCACUGGGAAUGGAAAAAUUGCCUAGUUGCAUGGAAAGGUCAAUUCACGCGAGGUGAUCACGGCAGGCCAACAAUCAUGCUCGAAGCAAUUGCGUCACAAGAUCUUUGGAUAUGGCAUGCAUUUUUUGGUGUUCCAGGAUCCAAUAAUGAUCUCAACGUGUUAAAUCAAUCCCCAAUAUUCACUGAUAUCUUACAAGGGCAAGCUCCGAGAGUUGAGUUUACGAUAAAUGGCACACAAUACAACAAGGGGUAUUAUCUAGCAGAUGGUAUUUAUCUAGAGGGGGGUACAUUUGUUAAAACUAUCCCACUGCCUCAAGGAGAGAAAAGAAAAUUAUUUGCCUGA